CCGAGCCCACGGGGGCGGACCUCUGCGCGCUCCCGGCCGCUCGCUGGCUCCGGGGCCGCGGCGGCUCCUCUGCCGGGUCGCGCCGGACGACGGGCUUCGGGCGGCGGCCCUGGCGGCCUGCGGACGGACGGGUGGGCGGAGGAGCAGGCCCCGCGGCCGCCGUCUCCCGCUUCUGCCCGCGCAGGGCCCGCGCCAUGGCCGCCUCGCCGGGCUCGGGCAGCGCCAACCCGCGGAAGUUCAGUGAGAAGAUCGCGCUGCACACGCAGCGACAGGCCGAGGAGACGCGGGCCUUCGAGCAGCUCAUGACCGACCUGACCCUGUCGCGGGUUCAAUUUCAGAAGCUUCAGCAACUGCGCCUUACACAGUACCAUGGAGGAUCCUUACCAAAUGUGAGCCAGCUGCGGAGCAGUGCGUCAGAGUUUCAGCCGUCAUUUCACCAAGCUGAUAAUGUUCGGGGAACCCGCCAUCACGGGCUGGUGGAGAGGCCAUCCAGGAACCGCUUCCACCCCCUGCACCGAAGGUCUGGGGACAAGCCAGGGCGACAAUUUGAUGGUAGUGCUUUUGGAGUCAAUUAUUCCUCACAGCCUCUGGAUGAGAGUUGGCCAAGGCAGCAGCCUCCUUGGAAAGACGAAAAGCAUCCUGGGUUUAGGCUGACAUCUGCACUUAACAGGACCAAUUCUGAUUCUGCUCUUCACACGAGUGCUCUGAGCACCAAGCCCCAGGACCCCUAUGGAGGAGGGGGCCAGUCGGCCUGGCCUGCCCCAUACAUGGGUUUCUGUGAUGGUGAGAAUAAUGGACAUGGGGAAGCAUCUUUCCCUGGCCCAUUGAAAGAAGAGAAUCUGUUAAAUGUUCCGAAGCCACUGCCAAAACAACUGUGGGAGACCAAGGAGAUUCAAUCCCUGUCAGGACGCCCUCGAUCCUGUGAUGUUGGAGGUGGCAAUGCUUUUCCACAUAAUGGUCAAAACCUAGGCCUCUCACCCUUUUUGGGGACCCUGAACACUGGAGGGUCAUUGCCAGAUCUAACCAACCUCCACUACUCCACGCCCCUGCCAGCCUCCCUGGAAACCACCGACCACCUCUUCGGGAGUAUGAGUGUGGGGAAUAGUGUGAACAACAUCCCAGCUGCUGUGACCCACCUGGGUAUAAGAAGCUCCUCUGGUGAGUAUCUCCUGCUUAGCAGUGACCUGGUGGCUUCACCAUAUGUGGUCCCCACCCAUGUGGCGUGUUCAGUGAAUCACUGAAUGAGAAUGACUGCAUCUCAGUUAGAGACGAUAAUGUACCUUGUUGUAUCUCCUGACCCUGCAGACAUUUUUCUUGGACGUUUCUGUUUCUCCUGGGUUGAUGAGUUUGAGGCAGCUCUGCUGAACCUCAUUCCCUGUCUUCCUCACUCGCUCCUCUAUCCAGGGACUUGGGGAAUAAGACAUGGGAGCCAAGAAAUAAGCAUCCACUCUGCGUUGGCUGAACAGUGUUAGUGGCUCUCAUCAACAUAUGACAGUUUAUAAUUUAGGCCAUCUCUCUGGAUUCCUCCCAUUUUCCAUUAGAUUUCUAAAGGGAAUAUUUUGCAUUUUAGAAAAUUUACAGCAUAUAUGAUGAAAAUAUUUCUACUUAAUAUCUGUGUAUUAAGUGGAAAUCACUCACAGUUCCAGUUAAAGAUGCAGCGUUAGCUAUAUAAAGAUGCUACCCAGAACGGGACUUGGGUAUUACUCUAUGGGUUUGCUUGUCCAUAUUGAAAUUAUGACUACAUUUGUUUGAAGCCUGACACUCUUU